AUAAAAAGUGAGCAGGGAUGGAAGGAAAGAAAGAGCAAAGGAAAAUAUUUGGAGGGAAGGGGAGGGUCGGAGAGAAUGGAAGAGGCAGUCAUACAUGUGCCAGGAGCGCUGGACCUCUCGCUGUGACUGGUGCUCGUCAAGGAUUUUUUUUUCUCCCUUUCUUUAUUUACCUCCCUCUUUUGUUUUCUCCCGCAUAGCGGUGACACCAGCCUGUUUGCUGUCUUUUUUGUCUUUUCCAUUUUUCUCCCCCCCCACCCCUUCCGCUCUCUUGCUCUCUCUCGCUCUCUCUCUCUAUCUUUCUGUGACUCGCAACAAAAGGCUGACGGAGUGAGCCUGACGUCUGAAUGAAUAGCCCAAACCUGCCGUGAAGGGAGAGAAGAGGGAGACGGAGCAGAGAAGAGGAGGCUGAGGAGAAAAGAGACAAGUGAUCUGACUGAAGAGGUGGAAAGAGGAGAGUGCAGAAAAGUCCCGAUUACUGGCUGCGGAUGCAUAGAAAUUCUGUUUUUUUUUCUUCUCUCUUUGGCGAUUAAAGGAGUUGAAGACAUCGCUUUAACUGUGUGUGUGUGUGUGCGGGGGGGAUUGUAGUCCUCGCUCUCUUGUCCUCCCCCUCAGACGCUGCCCUCCUGUGCCACCUUCCGUUUGUUUUCCCCCUGAGAAUACCAGUCGUCUGAGAAGAAGAAAUGGAUCUACUGGGCAUGAGCUGACAAAGGAAGACGGAUUUGGAAACAACGAGUGGGAGAGCAAGAGAAAACAGCAGAGGAGGACAGAGGAGAGGGAGGGAGGGAGGGCUGGAGGGGGAGGUAGAGAGGAGAGGAUAACCUCAGGGCAUACUGUGAGAAUCCCCCAACGCCCACUUUUUUUUUCUUUUUUUUUUGUCCCUCUCCACUGCACUUCCUCUACCAUGUGUAGCUCCUGAUUUGAAGAAUGUGGAGGCAGCAUUUCCCAGGUAUUCGGCCCCAGAUUAUGAACGGGCCUAUGCACCCGCGCCCCCUGGUGGCGCUGCUGGAUGGGCGUGACUGCACUGUGGAGAUGCCCAUCCUCAAGGAUCUGGCCACCGUGGCUUUUUGUGAUGCCCAGUCCACACAGGAGAUACAUGAAAAGGUGCUGAAUGAGGCAGUAGGGGCCAUGAUGUACCACACCAUCACCCUGACCAGAGAGGACCUAGAGAAAUUCAAGGCACUGCGCAUUAUCAUCCGCAUCGGCAGCGGCUACGACAACAUCGAUAUCAAGGCCGCUGGGGAGCUUGGAAUUGCAGUGUGUAAUAUUCCCUCAGCAGCUGUAGAAGAAACAGCAGACUCAACACUUUGUCACAUCCUCAACCUGUACCGGCGAAACACCUGGUUGUACCAGGCUCUCCGGGAGGGCACACGGGUCCAGAGCGUGGAGCAGAUCCGAGAGGUGGCAUCAGGGGCAGCCAGGAUCCGAGGAGAGACACUUGGCCUUAUUGGAUUUGGUCGUUCAGGCCAGGCGGUGGCAAUGCGAGCCAAGGCGUUUGGCUUCAACGUGAUCUUCUAUGAUCCCUACCUCCAGGACGGCUUGGAGCGCUCACUGGGCGUACAGCGAGUCUACACACUCCAGGACCUGCUCUACCAGAGUGACUGCGUCUCCCUGCACUGCAACCUGAAUGAACACAACCACCACCUCAUCAAUGACUUCACCAUCAAACAGAUGCGUCAAGGUGCUUUCCUGGUCAACUCGGCACGGGGAGGCCUAGUGGAUGAGAAAGCUUUGGCUCAGGCCCUAAAAGAGGGCAGGAUACGGGGAGCCGCCUUGGAUGUCCACGAGUCGGAGCCUUUCAGUUUUUCUCAAGGUCCCCUGAAAGAUGCCCCAAACUUGAUCUGCACACCCCACACUGCCUGGUACAGCGAGCAGGCGUCACUGGAGAUGAGAGAGGCCGCCGCCACAGAAAUACGCAGAGCCAUCACAGGCCGUAUUCCUGACAGCCUCCGAAACUGCGUCAACAAAGAGUUCUUUGUCACUACGGCACCCUGGGGAGUGAUUGAGCAGCAGCAGCCUCAAGUUCACCCUGAGAUCAAUGGGGCAGCCUAUAGAUUCCCUCCUGGUGUGGUGGGUGUCGCCCCUGGUGGGAUUCCCGGACCUAUGGAGGGGUUGGUGCCUGGGGGAGUGCCCAUCACCCACACCCUGCCCCCUGGUACCCAUCCGUCACAGGCCACCUCCCCUACCCAACCCUCCAAACAUGGCGACCCCAUGAGAGAGCACAUGACUGAGCCGUAGGACAGCUGCCGUAAAAGAGCAGAGGGCUAAAACCGCUGUAAACUAAAAACCCAGCAACCUACCAACUCAAUCAUCCAACUUUGUUUGACUUCAGUCAUCUGAACCAACCAGCAGACUGCUUGCUGGGCAACGUUUCGCACGUUUUCUGUUUAUAUGAAACCACUAAGCCCUAAUGAGGACAGUGGAUGUUACUUGAGCUGCCACACUGAGAUGGGACUGACCAUCAAACUCAUGUGCUGAAGAUCUGAAACCUCCUCCUUCCAUAUCUAUGUUCUUUAAUGACUCGUGUUACUUUGGUUCUUAUCUUUAUUUUUUGAGAAUAUUUUAGGGGGAUUCCUCCUGAAUAAUGGGACACAUGGACAUUACCAUCUGCAGGAUGGAAAUGUGACCCACUCUCCCUGGUCUAAUGGAAGACCUUGAAAGGACAGCAACUUCACAAGCCUCUUUUUCCCCUCCCUCCUCCACAGUUUCACCCAUUUCAGCACAAAAUGUUUUUUUACUUUGUUCUGUUUAUCCUAUAUUGUUUUUGUUUCUGUUCUUCAGUGUGUGAAAGUGAAAAAUUUACAGUUACACAUGUUUUAGCAGACAAGAAAAUCAGAUGAUGACAAUAGCAGAAUCCGCUGUCUUCAUCACAAAUCUGGAUUCCAUCUUUGUCUUCAAAUCACUGUGGCUGAUGGCCCCUGAAUGUAGAGACGAGAUGUGGGGCAGUUAGAUGUUGUUUCCAGUUCCAGGAAGACCAUUUUGGUUUAUAAGGUAAAUGUGUCCCUUUUUAACCAAAAAGUUAAGAAAAAGAAACCGACUGCCAUAUACUGUAUGGUUAGAUACUGUACACCGAGUGUGUCACCUUAAUUAAUUAU